GCAGCGCCCAGACCGGCUCCCGAGGCUGCUUUGCCGCAUUAGGAUUGAACGCUACAGGACCCUGUAGCAGCUGGGCUGCGGCGCCGUCCCGGCUUCCACCUCGGCGUUCCCACACCUCCUCAGCCGGGCUUUCCCCUUCCACGUCAGGGCCGGGACCUUUGCGAUGGCGGCUCAGAAAAUAAAUGAGGGGUUGGAGCACCUCGCCAAAGCAGAGAAAUACCUGAAAACGGGUUUUUUAAAAUGGAAACCAGAUUAUGACAGUGCUGCUUCUGAAUAUGGAAAAGCAGCUGUUGCUUUUAAAAAUGCCAAACAGUUUGAGCAAGCAAAAGAUGCCUGCCUGAGAGAAGCUGUCGCCCAUGAGAACAACAGGGCCCUUUUUCAUGCUGCCAAAGCUUAUGAACAAGCUGGCAUGAUGUUGAAGGAGAUGCAGAAACUCCCCGAGGCCGUUCAGCUGAUUGAGAAAGCCAGCAUGAUGUACCUAGAGAAUGGCACCCCCGACACAGCAGCCAUGGCCCUGGAGCGAGCCGGCAAGCUUAUAGAAAAUGUAGAUCCAGAAAAGGCUGUACAGUUAUAUCAACAGACAGCUAAUGUGUUUGAAAAUGAGGAACGCUUACGACAGGCGGUUGAAUUACUAGGAAAAGCCUCCAGACUGCUGGUACGAGGACGCAGGUUUGAUGAGGCAGCACUUUCUAUCCAGAAAGAAAAAAAUAUUUAUAAGGAGAUUGAGAAUUAUCCAACUUGUUAUAAGAAAACAAUUGCCCAAGUCCUAGUUCAUCUGCACAGAAAUGACUACGUGGCUGCCGAGAGGUGUGUCAGGGAGAGCUACAGCAUCCCAGGGUUCAGCGGGAGUGAAGACUGUGCCGCGCUGGAGCAGCUUCUUGAAGGCUAUGACCAACAGGACCAAGACCAAGUGUCCGAGGUCUGCAACUCGCCGCUUUUCAAGUACAUGGACAAUGAUUAUGCUAAGCUGGGCCUGAGUUUGGUGGUUCCAGGAGGCGGAAUCAAGAAGAAAGCUACAGCACCGCAGGCUAAGUCCGAAGGUGCCACUGCCCCCACCGCGGAGGAGGAUGAAGAUGAGUAUGCAGGAGGCCUGUGCUAGAAUCUUGCUUUGCCACAGAAAGGAAGAGAAGAAUCCUGACAUUGCCAUUCACGGACUUGGACCUUGUCUAAGGGGAUCCAGACUUCACUGCAGUCAUGGUUUUGAAAAUGCUAAUAAAGACUCAUGUUUAGUCAUCAUUUCCCUAAGUCACCCAUCAUACCCACUGCGUGAAAACACUUUUUUUUCUUACCAUAAGAGCCUUUCUAAGACACCAGCAGGAAUUAACAGAAAAAUAUACUGGCACAUUUCAAUACAGUUGACUUUUAAAUUUACAAGGCACAAAUUGUGUUCUAAACAAAAGGAACACUAGGCAUAGAAAUUCUUUUCUCUUGGGCUUUUGUGAUUUGUUAGAGAAUUUCCCUUGCGUUUUAUUUAAUAAUUGCUGCUAAAAGUGAAGUUUACUGAGUUAAAGUAGUAUUUUAAACUUGCGUUUUGAAAAGAAAGUUUAUCCCCAGUGAUAUUAGAUGCAUUUAACUUAUCAAAUCUUUUAAUCUUUUCAGAGGUAAGACUGGGGCAGGAUGCUGUUUUGAGCCUUACAAUAUUGUUUAGCUCAAUAAAAGGUACAUUUAAAGUCUUAUGUGUAAAUUGAAAGUUUUCAGCUCCUUUCUGAAAUACAUUUUUUCCACCUAAAAAAACACAGCAGCUGUCCCCAAAUGUCUUUGGUUCUUGGCUAAAUGGGAACUCAUGAGGACUAUUAUUGUGCAUUCUAACCACGAGAUAAUGUUCCCAUCGAUCUAGAAUAUAGACCUUUCUUCCCUCCAGAAUAAUUUCUGAUUCAUCUAGAGCUGCCACGGGACAGUAACAUGACACAGGGAACACUCUGUACACCACAGAUCCGUAGCUGAAAGGGAAGAAGUGUUUCUGAAGUACUUCUGGUGAGAGGACUGUGCUGCCGAUAUGUGAGUCCUUGUAGGUAUUCCUGAAAGGUUAUUUGUGAAGCAUUCCUUGUUCACCCAUGUAGCUCAGCCCCAUCUCCAAAUCCGUUCAUUGAAAAGAGGCGCCCGUCGGCAGCGUGCCUGCUGCGGGCAGUGCCACCCGGUGUGGUCUCCGGGCCGCGUGGCCCGUUGGCCUCCUCACAGAGCUGGCCUUCUACAAAGGCACGUGUGCAGCUGGCUGCUCCCGGAGACACCAAGGCCCGUCGUGAUUCCUGGUUCUAGCCACAGCGGGUUCUGAGGGCAAGGAGGGCUUGGCCAGGAUGGCAUCAUCUGUGGCGGUGCACUUGGCUCAGUGGCGGGAGGGUCAGAAGUCUUUAUUGAAGAUCGGAUUUAAAACACAAAUUUGAUGCUUUGAUUCCUCAAGUUACUUGCAUAGUUCUGCAGCUGGCAGCUCAUUUUCAGUGACUGUAUGGAGAUGAACUUCGAACAUCUCAGCGAGGCUGCAUCUAGACGUUCGUACUGAAUGGCACACUGAUGCUUCAAGAGCCCUUGCGGCUGGAUCUUGAAGAUCCAGUCGGAAACUUCAGGAGUCUCGUGUUCACGCUCAUGUGAGCUUAACAACCAUCUGUCUAAACAGAUAAGCAGCACUCAAAGGGUAUUUCAGACCAUUUGUUUAUUGACUACAUUACGCAUUGCAGCCUUGGAAGAGCUGUUAAGUUUUAUCUAUUAAAAAACUGAGUGAUUCAGUGCAUUCUGUAUCAGCAGGGCAGCUGACCCUUCACAACAUGAAAGCCUCUGUUUCUUUCAAGUGCAGCCUCUUCCCCCCUCCCUGCCCGCACUUAGCAACUAACGAGCAGGACGUGGGGAUAUUUCUUUGAUGUCAGGGUUAUUCUGUGCAGUGUCCAGGAAAGAGCCCUUGUUCCAUCUUCAUGCAUUUUAUUUUUCCAUGUACAGAAGUCUUUAUCCUGAGAGUGUCGUCAGAAGUGGGAAACGUGUGUUUACAACAGAAAAAGCUUUUCCAGAACUCGUGUCAUCACUUUUACCAAAGUGGAAGCCUGCAUGUAUAUGCUCAGAAUCGAAUACUCAAUGUUCUACUAUAUUGCAUCACUCGCUUAAGAAAAAGGCAAGUUGCAUGCCAGUGAUGGGCAUGGAGAGCUAAGGCAGCGGCCUUCCUGGACAAAGAAUGCAGGCGAAGACCCUGUGCAUAGAGACCAUGGUUUGCCAGUUUUCUGUGUCUUCGGGCAUCCUGCCCAAGCAACUUCUGAAUAUGCUUUACAAGGGUUGUGUCCAUGUCUCCAGCCUCACUUUGUGCCAACUGCUUUCAGAAGUCAAGCCCCUCUGGACCCAGUUUUUCUCAAGGAAGACUCUUCCAAAAUGCACAAGCUUCAGGCCCCACCCAAUCUGGAUCUGCCCUGGCUGCUGGGACCAGGAAGCUGUCCAGCUUGGACGCAGGGCCAGAAGAUCAGUGUUUAGACCACGGGAACUCAGGAUUCCUGGAACCCCAGACCACAGAGGCCCAUGCUGCUGCAGUGGCACUUGAGCUCCUGGGAGUGGGGCCCAGAGCAGAAUGGUAGGUGGAAUGGCCCUAAGGUCACCCAAGGUCUGGCCCCUCCAGGACUCUGCCCAGACCACUCUGGGAGUGUGAGGCACUGUGUGACCGCUGAGCUUGGCUGCGGUUGGGUUGCAGGUGUGAGGCUGGGGAGCAGGGGGGAGGGGAUCGUUUUUCUCGAGAGUCUUUCCUGGAGAAAUUCAAUCACAUCCAUCAUCUUUGCAUAGCAAGCUGGAGACCCCAGAGGCGGCACUGAAAGGCAGCUGCGUCUCUGCACACUCACACCUCCUGGCUGGGACUUGACCUCUCUUUGGCUCAUUUGGGGGCUGUUUUGUUCCUACCCCUUCACCAGGGAAAGAAAAGCUGGACCUGUGACCGCCCCCGCUCCCCCUUCCCCAGUUGGGCAGAGGCCAGAAUAAUAUGUGUUCCCAGCGUAUCCAGGAUCAUACGAUAACCAGGAAAAUCUGGGUUCGUUUUACCUCUGAGCUAAAUAAUUCAGCUUCGCUGGGUCCAAAGUGAUUGCUUUGUUGAAACUGGCUGCGGGGACCGGGGGGCACAGGACGUCUCCACAUCUAGGAGAAUGUGAGUGCCAGUGUGGGCAGGAGAGCCUCCCCAGCUUUCCUGGGAGCAUACAGCCCUCCACGCAGAUUUCCACAGAUUUCCAAGGAAGCCAGUGGUGAGGAUGGAGGGAAAUUUCUGCAGGUUCAGGGGGACGCCACUGUUCUGUCUGCAGUCCCCACUGGCCACGCUCUUGCCCAAGCCCUGACCUGCCUCUGCUAUGAAUCAGUCCCUGCUCUGCGAAGGGGCAGCCGCGUUUUCUAGUGACCCUGUUUGUAGCGGGAGAUGGAUUGCAGGCCCCAACGCUCAGGGUCCUUGCGUGGGGCUGGAUCAGGAUGUGUGUUGCUGGCUGCACAUUUCAAGCCAACGGUGCGCUUCCAGAUGCCCAGGAGGCUGGGAAAUAAACAAUGACCAAAAAGA